UAUCAUACCAAUAGAUUGGAAGCCUCUGCUGACUGUUAGGGGUGCAGAUCAUUAAUCCCUAUUCGGAUUAAUAGGUCUGGUACAGUGGAUGGUUGGUUGUUGUAUCUAUUUAAGCAUCAAUAUGAAUUAGUUUUUGGGUUUUACAGUUUGUUUGACCACUAUUUGGUCGUCAAUAUCAUUUAACGGUAUAAAGGAGUUUAUCUAUUUUGAAUAUGUACUUGAAUAUGACAUGUUCUGCCUAUGUUAAUAUAGAGGCAUUUGGCGGCUAAGUGUACUUAACUGCUUAAGUUGUAUUAUUACAAUGAAAAUCGUUACAUUAAACGAAGCAUGUUGGGUCCCCGUCUGGUAUUUGUAUAAGCCGCUAAGGAGUAAGAACACUGCAUUAACAAGUUAUUACACGCAAUGUUAUCUGAGUCGUACACCAAAUUUUGGCAUAUUUUGGCCUAUAGUUGUGAUACAGUGUCAUGUCCAUAUGUAUAUAUCUUUACGGAAUGACGCAGGUCAUUGUAAAACUUGGCAAUCAACACUUGAUUUGUCAUUACACUGUAUUUUCAAUCCUCUUCCUCACUUUGAUUUACUCUGUUUAAUUUUCUCUGUUGUUGUUGCUUCAGUUCCUGAUAUUGGCGUUGCAAAUACUCUCUUCAAAGGUGAGACUUACUUCUGCUGAUAUUUCUUAUAAGUCGUUAUCUUCUUUAAAGCUUUUCUUAUGGGGCUUUCUGUUUUUCUUUAUAUGGUUCUAUUCUACUUGAUUAUGUGAAUCUAUACUACAAAUAACUUAAAAAGCGAUCAACAAAUGUUAUUGUGUUUUUGGGACAAAUGCCAGAAAUGGAUUCUCCUGUUAAAGGGGGUCAAUGGAAAAGGUUGAAUUUGAUCUUGGACUUUGUGAAUGGUAUAAAUUUGUCGUUUAGCUGCUGCCAUUAACCCAUAAAGGUAAAAAUUGAGGCACUUUGGUAACACACGGGUAGGAACGAGAAUCUUUUUUUAUGGGAGAGCGGAAUUAUUCCAUUUGGCAUAGUCUAGGCAUUUUUUUUACCCUUUACCUGAAAAGAAUUCAGGGACCUGAAAUUAGCUUCUUCAAAUGUUCUUUUUGAGUUCUAGACUGGUGAUUCUGAUAGUUUACUCUUUAAUGUAGGUUUCUCUUCAGCUUCAGGAUUUAGAAGUGUUUAUGGCAAGCAAAAAAUCGUCAAUUUCAAUAGCAGAGGCCUCCACUUUGCCAACUUUUCUAUCACUUCAAGCUCUCCUUCAAACCAACUUUGAACAAGCCUAAGUUGCGCUUGUGCCAAACGGAAAAAACUGAACACAUGCAUAUAUAUUUUGGACGACCGUGGUGUCAAGGCCAUCUUACUAGCAAGAUGUACCAGCCUAAUAUAUAUAUAUUUUGGACAACCGUGGUGUCCGGGCCAUCCUACCCGCAACAUGUACCAGGUAAAAGAUUGGGAAGUAAACGCCCAUCUGUAUGGAUUGUCAGUGUCAUUUUCCAGAAGAUCUGGUGGUUGAUAUUCUAUCGAGGUUGCCAGUGGAAUCACUCUUGCGUUUCAAAUGUGUGUGCAAGCACUGGUAUGGUUUCAUCAAAAGUGCGAGUUUUAAAGAGAAACAUUUUCAUCAGAAGAACAAUGGUGCCCGUCUCCUUGUCUGCGACUUCAAAAUAACAAAGAUCGCACCCAUCUUCGUAAAGUCUGUGGUGUUCUCCUUGCUCCCAAAAAAAAUAGUUCCGGAUGUGACCCCUGAACAAAAAGUUCUCCUUCACCUUCCGAAUGUAUCUGGUAUCAAGUGUGUUGCUGGCCCAGUUUAUGGCUUAUUCUUAGUGCAGGAACAAAUUUAUAAUGAAGGUGUCCGCUUGGGAUUAUGGAAUCCUGCCACCAGAGAGAUUCGGCCUCUGCCUUCUGCGCCUUUUGAGAUUGAGCAUUUUUUCUCAGAUCAUUAUCAUCAAUUCGGGUUGGGGUUUGACCUGUUGACUCAAGAUUAUAAGGUUGUAUGGAUUCGAGAUUAUGAGGGACAUGGCGUUUACCCUCAUGUCUCUGUCUGUGUCUAUUCUUCAUGCAACAACUCAUGGAAGAACCUAGAAUUCCCUCCCAGUUAUACCUCAGGUUUGCCCUUUGACACCACUUAUCUCAAUGGGGUUUAUUAUUGGCGUUCAUUGCGUGUAAAUGAGAUGUACAGGAUUCACUCAUUUGACAUGGGCAGCGAACAGUUUGGGGAGAUGCAACUCCCAGUUAUUCCAAAUGAAUACCGGAAGAAGCUUACAUUGCGUGGCGACUCGCUUGCAAUGUUGGCUGGUUAUAGGUCUAUGACAUUCAUAUAUGAAAUGAAACAAGAGGGAAGUUGGUCCAAAGUUGUUACUGUUCAACCUAGUAUAGAUCCUCAUUGGCCUCGCGACAUCUGGGAGAAUGAUAAGAUUGUUUUCGAAAUUAGAGAAACUAAGCAGCUGGUGCUAUAUGACCUUACAACAAGUGAGGUUACAGAUCUUGGAAUUCAAAUGGACCGAACAAAUUGUGUUUUCAAUUACAAGGAGAGCCUAGCUCUAAUAAAGAACGGAGAUGAAACUCAGGACCAGGAUAAUGUUGUCGAGCAAAUUGAACACUUCUUCAGUGUCAGAUCAACUGAUGACAAGUCUUUGUUUACUAUUAGGGGUCCGCCUUACGCAAGAUGAACUUAAAUAGUUCGGUUCUUGGUUUGGACACAGAUUUUUCUAGUAAUAAAUAAGAUUUUUGUGACAUUAGCUGUUAUGCUACCUCAUUGUAACAUUGUGUUUGAAUUUAAAAUUGUUUGUUAUUAUGUUGACGAAAAAACACUUGUGGUAUUUUUCUAUCACGUGAUUAGUGCAAG